CGUACGGUCGUUUGUAAGAGAACGAUGAUUGGUUGUCUCGGUGGCGCGUUUCGACUUUGUAAAACAAAUCCGCGAUUCGUCGUCGGUCAUAACCGCGUAUAACGAUACGACGUGUGGUGUUGGACGUGUCGUUUCUCGUGGACAGUGCACGUAUUACUGGUCCCGUGGAAAAGGGAGAAAAAGACGGAAAAACUUGGCAAAUAGAAGUGCGUCGUCUUCGCGCCAGUAAAGGCGUCCUUCCGCGUUCUCUCGUACGUACACGAGUCGCGGCGAGUCGUGCGAGUGGAGUGAUUUUAUUUCCAACGAGCAGUGCCCGACGAAGGACGGAAAUAGCUUUUAAGUGAAGUUCCUCGACUUUUCGCGAUCGGUCAACGAGAGACCCGCAGGGAUGACGAGGUAGCCCCCCAUCCGAAGGAUUGGAUUACCAUGCUGGACACGGCCACGAGUCGCAGGUGGCUGUCAGAAGUUCAGGCUGAAAGCGCGAAGAGUACCAAUUGGCAGCAGCAUGCUCGCGAUAUAGCGUUCAAGCAUCGACAUUCUUCUCCCUGAAGUUACUCUGCCAUGUUGCUUAGGUGAGCGGGAGGGAGGCGGUGCUGACCGGUGGCGGCGGCGGCCAUGCGCCCCGGCCCGCCAGUACAGCCGAGCCGCCGCAGGCCUCCCCGUCGCCAGGAAGUCCCUCAGGAACGCAAUCGACGGCACCGGCUAGACCAGCCGCAACCGUUGCGGCCACGUUCGUACGGGAACAGCUCACGGGCCCUGCUGGUGUUGCUGCUGCUGGCCAGCAGCCCUCUGGUCCUGGGCCUGGCCGAGCCGCCAGGGUUGCCCGGGGCCGAGUGGCAGCAGGCACUCUCCAGGCAAAUCUACCCCAAAGCGACGUUCACCGGAACCAUUCAACCCAGGAAACAGCAGAACCUCACCAUCGGCUACCUCACGGCUAUCAAGGGUGGCCUCAAGGAUCGCCAGGGCCUCGCCAUCUCGGGUGCCUUUUCUAUGGCCCUCGAUGAGAUCAACAGCGACCCGAACAUAUUGCCAGACGUGAAGCUGGUGAUGCGAUGGAGCGACACGAGGGGAGAGACCGUGGAAGCCACGAAGGAAAUGAUCGAUAUGAUCUGCGAAGGGGUUGCAGCCUUCUUUGGACCAGAGGGCUCGUGCUACGUCGAAGCCAUAGUCGCUCAGUCCCGUAAUAUACCCAUGAUUAGUUACAAAUGCUCGGACUACAAAGCGUCGAAGGUGAACACGUUCGCGAGGACCGAGCCGCCGGACACGCAGGUGACGAAGUCGGUGAUCGCGUUGCUGCUCCAUUAUGGCUGGAACAAAUUCACCAUCAUCACGGAGAGCGCCUGGUCGACGGUGGCCCGGUCGCUGGAGGAGCAGGCCACCAAGAACAACCUCACCGUCAACCACUACAAGACCGUGGAGGAUCGACACACGUGCUGCGAAGAGAGACUGCCGUGCUGUCAAGUCAGCGUGUGGUUCCAGCUCAUACAGGAGACCAAAAAUAUGACUAGAAUUUACAUAUUCCUGGGAACGGCGAUGUCGCUGAUAGACAUGAUGAACUCGAUGCAGAAUCAACGGCUGCUGGACAACGGGGAGUACAUGGUGAUACACGUGGACAUGAUGACAUACUCGCCGCGCGAGGCGCAAAAGUACUUAUGGAAACCGGAUCACUUCGACAAUCUGCGGAACUGCAUGGAGCCGAAGGACUUCCUCAAGAGGGCUCGCUCCCUCAUGGUGGUGGUAUCCACGCCACCCACACAGAACUACGAAGAAUUCACGAAGAAGGUCAGGGAGUACAGCAGCAAGGAGCCGUUCAACUUCGUGAUCCCCGAAUUGCUGAGGAAAUACGAAAAGUACGUGUCGAUUCACGCCUCGUAUCUUUACGAUUCCGUGAAACUGUACGCGAGAGCCCUGGACCAACUGAUGAGGGAUCAUCCGGAGCACACGCUGCGCGAGAUCGCUAGCAAUGGCACCCAGAUCAUCGAGACGAUUAUCAGAAAUCACACGUAUCAGAGUGUCAGCGGUGCGACCAUCAAGUUCGACAAGUUUGGCGACUCGGAGGGAAACUUCUCGGUAUUGGCCCUGAAGAAGGACCCGUUCCGUUUCAACAAUUUCUCCUGCGACUACCAAAUGAAGCCUGUAGGCCAAUUUCAACAGGGUGAAACUCUAGUGUACAGGUCGUCGGAGGCGAUGGAUUGGCCGGGUAAAAACAAGCCGGAAGCGGAACCAGGAUGCGGUUUCCUCAACGAACACUGUCCCAAAGACGACACGCACCUGCGGAGCAUAGUGGCCGCCGGUGUGCUGGCCGUUUUAUUGUUCUGCGCCGCGGUAAUCACUAUGAGCAUAUACCGAAGGUGGAAGAUAGAACAGGAAAUCGAGGGAUUGCUGUGGAAGAUCGAGCCGAGCGAGAUACACGGCUAUCCUCACCUUGACAACAUGAUGUCCUCCCCUAGUAAAUUAAGCUUAGUUAGUGCAAUGUCCUACGAGUCAAGAUGCGGGGGCCAGGUGUUCGCGCAAACCGGGCAUUACCACGGGGUAGUGGUGAGGAUAAAGGAACUGAAGUUCUCGAAGAAGAAGGACAUUUCCAGGGACGUGAUGAAGGAGAUGCGUAUCCUUCGCGAGAUCAGGCACGGUAACCUGAACUCUUUCAUCGGGGCGUGCGUCGAGCCAAUGAGGAUAUUGUUAAUUACGGACUAUUGCGCCAAAGGAAGUCUUUAUGAUAUCAUCGAGAACGAAGAUAUCAAGCUAGAUGAUAUGUUCAUUGCGUCGUUAGUUCACGAUCUCAUUAAGGGUAUGCUGUACAUUCAUGAGUCAUCUGUGCUAGUCUGUCAUGGUAAUCUGAAGUCUUCCAAUUGCGUGGUGACCUCGCGAUGGGUACUCCAAGUCUCUGAUUUUGGCCUGCACGAUAUGCGUCACUGCGCUGAAUCCGACAGCAUUGGUGAACAUCAGUAUUAUCGAAACUUAUUCUGGAAGGCACCUGAGCUAUUAAGGAAUCCCAAUGCUCCGAUCAAAGGGACCCAGGAAGGGGAUAUUUACUCGUUCGCGAUUAUAUUGUUCGAGAUAAUCGGACGAAAGGGGCCGUACGGUGGCGUGAAUCUAGAACCCAAAGAAAUCAUAGACCGAGUGAAAAGGUUCCCAGAAGAUGGUGAACCGCCGUUUAGACCUAACAUACAGAUACUAUCCGAGUCUGAAGCAGACUGUGCUGAGUAUAUAGUUAGUACGAUUACCGACUGUUGGGCGGAAAGUCCGGAACUUAGGCCUGACUUCAAAAUGAUAAGGACGCGAUUAAAGAAAAUGAAAGCGGGAAGGCAUCGCAAUAUCAUGGACCAAAUGAUGGACAUGAUGGAAAAGUAUGCGAACAACCUCGAAGAUCUAGUCAGUGAACGUACACGCCUUCUUUUCGAGGAAAAGCAAAAAACCGAGGAUCUACUACAUAGAAUGUUGCCUGAACCCGUUGCGAAUUGCUUGACGAAUGGAAUCGGUGUGGAACCGGAAGCUUUCGAUUUGGUUACUAUAUACUUCAGCGAUAUCGUUGGUUUUACUGCAAUGUCUGCAGAAAGCACACCAUUCCAGGUUGUAAACUUCUUAAACGAUUUGUACACUUUGUUUGACCGCAUAAUCAAAGGAUACGAUGUAUACAAAGUAGAAACAAUCGGUGAUGCCUACAUGGUGGUUUCCGGUUUGCCACUAAAAAAUGGAAAUAGGCAUGCCGGAGAAAUUGCAUCGAUGUCUCUAGACUUACUGAACGCUGUGAAACACCAUACCAUAGCUCACAGGCCCCAAGACACUCUUAAAUUGCGCAUUGGGAUCCAUACAGGACCUGUGGUAGCAGGUGUUGUUGGUCUAACAAUGCCUAGAUAUUGCUUGUUCGGAGAUACCGUAAAUACAGCUUCGCGCAUGGAAUCAAACGGUGAACCAUUGCGUAUUCACAUAAGCGAGCAAUGUAAAGAUGCUCUGGACAAAAUCGGUGGCUACAUCAUUGAAGAACGUGGCUUGGUUCAUAUGAAGGGAAAAGGAGAAGUAAAAACUUACUGGCUCACUGGAGCCACUGAGAGAGCCAUUCAAAAACGAGAGGUGGACGUUGGUGAUCUUCCACCACUCUUUUGCAGACCGAGAAGGAGUCCAAAAUUAAAUUCAGAUUCUCGACAGGCUUCGUUAUUAGGAGGUCUAGGAGCGGGCAGUCGUAGACAGUCAAGUGUCCCGAGACCAACGCCAGAUGAUUCUUCGUCUCAAUGCGGAGGGUCCAGUCCAGUGCCCAAGUCUCUUAACUCUCGGAAAUUGGAACGAUCUCCUUUGUAUUUGACCGAUAGCGUAUCGAGGACAACGCUUGACAAUGUCGCGUUGCAAGAAGAUGUUGAGAAUCGAGCGGCUAACAUUAAAAUGGCACUCGAUGAUUUUUUUAUCGACACCAGGCCAAAAUUUAGGAAAAACGCAAGGGUUCUGUCAACAAUUGCUUCGUCAUCCUCCACGAGCGACUAUCCGUUUCAAACGAUAAUACGAGAGUCUCGUUCGCUAGAUCCAUUCCCGUUACUGCUCUAUAACAAAAGGUUCGAGUCGCGGAAUUUUUCUUGGAAAGAACCUAAGAAAAGUUUUCGGUCGUUGGAGAAUUGUGACAAGUGCACACGGACUAACUCAAAGACGAAUAUUUCUAAAAACGUGUUGAAUAACAAUUAUCCGAAUGGUAACGUGAUAAUAGUGCCCCAUACCGACGAGUCGCCUAACGAAGCAGAGACACCGUUACUAGGAGAUGAGAGUGGUUGUAUGGGAGAAAUUGUGCCUGUUAAACGUUGGCGAUCUCUUGAAGUGGUAUCCGUUCCUAGUACAGACAGCGUACCAGAUAAAAAGUCCUCCGCACGAAAUUCGAUCAGAAGCUGGCUCCUAAAUCUGUUUAGUGGCAAUGGAAUGCGCAACAGUGAUGUUUCGUUAAGAAGGGGUGUAAUAGCAGGUUACGAUAUACAGUCGGAACGUGAAAGUAUAGUUUAAUACGAAAUACGUCGGUAGCCGAGGAAAGAAGUGAAGGGAAUUCGAACACGAAAUCUUCUACUGCAAAACAUACGAGUGCACAAAAACAUUAUUACAUUUAUGAAUCAUAAGCAUGAUGUAUUGUUGCCAUUUUUU